AUGACCAGUUCACUGGAGAAGGUCGUGGCCCAGAAGAAGGAGGCCAUCGAGGCAGUGAUGGACAUGUUCGCGAAGGGUGCCGAGGUGUUGGCGAGCGCCGUGGGCGAGCUGUUCCCCCUCUGUGAGGCUGCCGCUCCGGUGCUCCGCCUGGCUUUAGACAACGUCCAGAGCAAAGAAGUCUUCUACGUCAAAGAGCAGUUCCUGACAGUGAGGAACAAGCUCGACGUGCUCUCCACCCAACUGGACAACAUCGACUGCGAGAUCAGGAAGGGGAGACUGGACUCCCAGUACUUCUCAGUGGAGGAGAACAUUAGGAACCAGUUUCGGAAAUAUAUGGACAUCUUGGAGGCAAAGCAGCAGUUCAGGGAGGUGAAGACCAGACUUUUUGUGGAGCACUUUGCCAAAACAGGCGGAGAGAAAAACCUGUUUGUGCUGUAUGAUGCUCUGAUGGGGGCAAACAGCUUUGGAGAGUCGGUUUUAGAGCUGGUUGAAAGGUAUGUAGCAAGGAACCGUCGUCUCCUGGAGGAUUUCUGUGUCCGCAUGAAGGAGCUCUUCUGUUUGGGCCUGAUCGCUCUGCUCGGGCACUGUGCUUUAACUCAGGCCCAAGAGGAAGAAGAUGAUAAAAUCCGAGAGUGGAGCAGUAAAAUUGAAGAAGUUGAGUCCCACAUGAAGAUGACCAUUGAGUCUUGUAUUGCUGCUUUCCCGGAGCAAGCUAAAUUAGAUUCCCAGCACCUGCUGCAAGACAAGCACGAGGAAACCCUGCAAGAAACGACUCGGCAGCUUCUUGAGUUCUUGCUGAAAAAGUACGACUGGGUCAGCUGGUCUGUACGGCUAAUAAACCAUUCAGGGAGCACCUACCGUAACUGGCGAGCAGGGGAGCACUUUCACCACGUGGCGGGGCAGAACUGGUUCGAGGUGCUGCAGGUGAACAACAUCAACCUGGUGGUGUCGUACAGCACCAAACCCCAGCCGGUGCCUCGUGACUGCAUCCAGCAGGUGAUGGAGGGCCAGGGGAAGAAGGGAAACGCCCCGGCGGUGGUGGAGGUGUUGGAGAAGCAGCUGUGUGGGUUUGUUGUUCACGCUGUCAGUCGCCACAAGGAGUCUGCAGCUGCAUGGAGCUUUCCGGAAGACUGUCACUACUGGGAGAGACACAAGAAUGUGGCAGUGUGUGUGCACUCAGAGUAGAGCUGAUACACAUUUAAAAUUUAAAAUUUACAGCAAAGAGGGAGUUUAGGUUGAGAUACUGUUGAUUUGUGCUUCUUGUUCAUCUGCAAGAGUGAGCUGAGAUUAUCAGCAUGUAAGUUUAUCAUGAAAUUAAAUACUUAAGUGGCCAGAGUGCACAAAGCAGCAUCAAAAUAGAGCUUGUUUAUCAAAGAGUAUUUAUCAAAGUGCCAGGAUCCCCUACACCCCCUGUAUGAGGUCCUGGCCAAGCCCCUAAUGUCCAGAAAUUCUAGAAAUGUCCUAAUAUUCCAGAAACAUGCAAACAUCACUGAAAUGUCAUAAAAUCCUAGAAACAUAGCCAAGCAAGUUGGGUAUCCCUGGUUUAUGGUGGGCCAUCAGAUUUCUAAUUAAUUAAUGUGAAUGUCAAAAACUGGGAAUGCACUGAACCCAUAAUUUUACCUACUUUCCAA